UGCAUGUGGCAGGCACGAGGGCGGCAGUGGGCCCCGGCCCGGGCCCACGCGCUCUGAACGCGCAAGCCGAGGGGACUGGCCGGUGCUAAUCCAGGCUUAAUUACUGCAGAGUCGUCGACGACAACCACGAGAUGAAGCUGAACCUGGCGGGGCUGGGCCAGGGCCUGGGCGGCCUGCAGCAGGUGGACCGCGCGCAGCUGCGGCGCGACGGGCUCACGCUCUUCGGCAAGCUCAUCCGGACCAAGAACGUGGAGGGGCUGCAGGGCGAGGCGGAGCCGCUGGGCGCCAUCCAGGACGAGAAGGCCAAGCUCAAGAAAUGCCUGACGACGCUGGACUUGACCUCGCUGGGCGUGGGGUCGUGCGUGGGCACCGGCAUGUACCUGGUGGCCGGCAUGGUGGCGAGGAAGAUCGCCGGCCCCGGCGUCGUCAUCAGCUUCGUCAUCGCGGCCGUCGCCUCCAUCUUCUCCGGUGCGUGCUACGCAGAGUUCGGCGUGCGCGUGCCGCACACCACCGGCAGCGCCUACAUGUACUCGUACGUGACGGUGGGCGAGCUGCUGGCCUUCGUCAUCGGCUGGAACAUGGUGCUGGAGUACCUGAUCGGCACCUCGGCGUGCGCGUGCGCGCUGUCCGCGUGCCUGGACGCGCUCGCCAACGGCGCCAUCUCCAACUCGCUGCGCAACUCAGUGGGCAACAUCAUCGGCACGGGUCAACCGCCUGACGUGGUGGCGUUCGUCAUCACGCUGCUCAUGACGCUGCUCAUGGCGGCCGGCGUCAAGAAGUCCCUCGUCUUCAACAACGUGCUCAACGCCGUCAACCUGGCCGUCUGGGUGUUCGUCAUGACGGCCGGCCUGUUCUACGUCGACUCCCGGAACUGGUCGGACCACAAGGGCUUCCUGCCGUACGGCUGGUCAGGGGUGCUGACCGGCGCGGCCACCUGCUUCUACGCCUUCAUCGGCUUCGACAUCAUCGCCACCACCGGCGAGGAGGCCACCAACCCCAAGAAGUCCAUCCCGCUCGCCAUCGUCGGCUCCCUCGUCAUCAUCCUCGUCGCCUACGUCACCUCGUCCAUGAUCCUCACGCUCAUCGUUCCCUACGAGUUCGUGGACAAGGACUCGGCCCUGGUGGAGAUGUUCGGCUACGUGGGCGCCAACAAGUGCAAGUACGUGGUGGCGGUGGGCGCACUGGCCGGCCUCACCGUCUCCAUGUUCGGCUCCAUGUUCCCCAUGCCACGGAUAGUGUACGCCAUGGCGCAGGACGGCCUCAUCUUCAAGCAGCUCGCGCACGUGCUGCCGCAGACCGGCACGCCCGUCAGCGCCACCUUCAGCUCGGGGCUGGCGGCGGCCGUGGCGGCCCUCGUCAUCCGCCUGGAGGUGCUCGUCGAGAUGAUGUCCAUCGGCACGCUGCUCGCCUACACGCUGGUGUCCACCUGCGUGCUCAUCCUGCGGUACCAGCCGCACACCACCAACCUGAUCGACCUGCUGCCCGAGUCGCUGCGCACGCCCAUGCGGGGCUCGCCCACCAAGGACACCGUCGCCAACGGCCAGGUGUACUACGGCAACACUCUGCACCCCGACCAGCUGAAGGCGUCGCUUGGCGGCCCCACGGGCUCCAUGGGCCCCAUGGGCAGCGCGCAGCCCAGCGGCGCCCCCGGGCCCCCCGGCGGCUCCACUGCCAACCAGAGGGUCAUGGUGCGGAGGGUCACCAGGAGGUACUCCUCCCCCGACAGCGACGACACCCUGCCGGGCGAGGACCAGGAGGAGGACUUCUCGGGGCGCGACGACCAGUUCCUGGUGUCGGACCGCAGCGAGAACAAGUUCUACGGCUCGGUGCACGGCGCCUCCAGCCACUCGGGCACGGGGCCCAUGGCCGGGGUGCAGGCCGCGGUGGGGCCCAGCCUGGGCUACCUCAGCCGGCGCCUGCAGACGUUCACCUACUUGUGUCCCGCCAUCUUCCCCUGGGUGGACAACGGCCCCGCCACGGAGGAGUCGGGCAUGUUCGUGAUGAAGAUGGUGGGCGUGCUGUACGUGCUCAUCUUCAUCUUCGACCUGAUCGUCGUGAGCGCCACCAACAGCGCAUCCAGCGCCACCACCUUCUUCCUCGUCGUCUUCUUCCUCGCCAUCCUGGUCGUCCUAUUAAUCAUUUCGAGGAAGCCGCAGAAUAGAAAAACUUUACUCUUCAUGACUCCCGGACUGCCGUUCGUGCCGGCGAUCGCCGUGACCGUCAACAUCUACCUCAUCUUCAAGCUCUCCAUCCUCACCCUCGUCCGGUUCACCGUCUGGAUGACGCUCGGCUUCGCGAUGUACUUCAUGUACGGCAUCAAGAACAGCUCGCUGGAGGAGCACACGGAGGGCGACGAGCCCAGCAUAGAGCUGUCCACGGACCUGCGGGCGGCGGCCAGCUCCAGCACCAGCCCCGCCCCCGGGCCCGCGCCCAGGCCGGCGCCCAGGCCGCCGCCCCCGGGAGCGCCUGCCUCCAGCAGCUCCUCGACGAGCCGCGCGCCGCCGCCGCCAAGACCCGUGCCGAGCAGGCCGCCCGGACUCCAGGCCCAGGACUCGCAGUCCGCCCUCUUCAUGCCCACCACGGCCUUCCCCACGUGGGACGACUAGGGCUGUCUCUGUGUUCCAGCGGCGCCGGGGGAGAGGGGAGGGGCGAGGGACGGUACCCGAGGUACCCCAAAAGCGAGCGAGUACCGGCUAGGGCCACUUUUCCUCUUCGUUUUUCUUGUUCUUUUGGUUUAAGUUCGUUUUUGGAGUCGACUUUUAACGUCGGCAGAAAUGAAUUGAAAUGAGCUGUUUUGACUUGUAUCGAGUCUACUCAGGUGUAACCCAACGUUUUUGUUAAAAAAUCAAAACAAAACAAAAAACAACGACCUAAGGGUGUCUUAUAGUUCUUCAAAUGAUGCAGCCUACACUCCUACCAGUUUUGGUUACCUAUGCUAUCCACCCCAUACCUCAGCAGUGCACUUUUAAUUGAGAUCAAAAUCAAUCAUCCCUGCUUCCAUGAAUAGCAUGUUGAGUACUUUCUAGUACUCGCCCACUGUUACUGUUGUCCCAUGACAGUUCAGUCUGAAAAUAAGUCUGUAAACACUUGAACUGCCUUCAGUUGACGUUCUGUACUUUUGGAAUUGUACUGAUUGAUGAGAACAUAUCACUAAUUUUAAUGUUGGACUCAUUUGUGAUGUAGUGAUGAAAAAUGAAACUAUGGAAAUGUAAAAUCAUUAGAAGAAAAUUUUUUAUUUUGUAAAAUUGAUUUUAGUUCUUCCAGACGUAUAUUUUGUUGACACUCUAGAAUUCUAGAGAUUUUGAUGAGAGAUGUUUCCUCUUUUUUAUGAACUGUACUCUAAUUUUAAGUUGACUUUUGUUUAGCCUGGCCCUGCAAAACUAAAGACAAGACAACUGCCCUGAUUGUUCAUCUCCCCCUGGUCACUGCGACUUAUAGCUAUUGUAAAUAAACAAAAAAUGUUUUAAAUGUACAAAAGAAUUAGUUAUAAGUGUCAGAGUGUCAUAGUCGCCCCAUACAACCAUCAAGUACAGGUUGCAGAGGGGCUUUUGUAUUUUGUGAUUUGUCAGCAGCAAAUGUAAUAAAAAAUCAGAAUUUAUAAAUGUUAUCCUACCAAAAAUUUUAAUGUUAUUGCUGUAAGCUAAGAGAUAUCAAAUAACCAUUGAUGGUACACCGUACCCUAUUGAAACGUGAUAAAUAAAUGUUCAUGAAUACAUGACAGCCAUUUCUAAAGGGAGGUGUUGUACCUUGCUAGUCCUCUGAACAGUGUCUCCAUCAGCACAAACUGCAUUCAAUGUUUGUGAAUGGCAUAAAGCAUUUGUACCAUAUAUGUAAUGACUACAGUUCUCCAAAAUAAUCUUCAGAAUCUCAGUAUCAUAGGUCUUUAUUCCCUUAAUCCUUUGUGACGUUGGUGGGUAGAGUUAUUCAACUCAAUUUAUUUAAAUUGAGACCAUCAAGAUCAAUGAGCAUUAAUAUUUUUCUAUCAAUCCAGAUAACACACAUGCAAUUUCCAAGAAUGCAUGUGCAGAAAAGGCAACAUUGAGUAAUCACUUGAAUAAAGAGGACAAUAUUCAAACAAAGGAAACAUUUGUACAUCUCCAGCAGAAUAUGCAAAUGUGUACCUUUGAAUCUAAAAUUAAAGGAUAUCAAAUAAUCAAGUAAUUCCAAAUUGCUGAGAGACAAAGUGUUCUACAUGGAGUGAAUGUUUAUAUGUAUGUAUGUAUGCAUGCAUGUAUGAGUGAGUGUGUUUGAUGUUGUUAUUAUUCUGUUUCUUACAAUGUUCUUGACCUUGUGAGAUUUCUUUAGAAUGAAAAUGGAAAUGUAUCUGGGCAAGAGAGGAAAAGCUGGUGAUGAAACAAAAUGCAAUAAUUGUCUUUACUUUAAAUUAAAGAUAUACUUUAUUUUGUGAAAAUUGUUGCAGCCUCUUCUUAAAAUAUUAUUAUUGUACAAAAACAUUUAUUUUGAAGUUGCUUUGUGAAUGGAUUUGUAAGAAGUAAUGAGUAACACAUUAUUGAGCACCGCUGAUGGUGGUGCUGAUUAUUGUUCAUUGCAUUAUCAGAGUAAAUAUCUGAAAGAAUGAAUUUUAAAGGUUCAAUGGAGUUCAUCUUAAGAAGUAUGGCAUUUCAUUGUAUCAUUCCUUCUUAGUGUAAAUAAGAAUACAGAGACUAGAUAUAAAGUUCACCUGAUUUUGUUUGUAAGGUCUUGUUUCAUAAACAAUCUUCAUAAAAUUUUAUGGCCUAUCUACCCCACAAAACAUAUAUUCUGUUCUUCUUUCGUCUCCUAGCUAUUUCAUAUGUGCUAAAUGUAAGUUUAGAGAAAUAAUUAAGACUGUGGGCAAUUGCGAAGAAAGAUGAACAUAUGACUUGAAGGAAAAGAAGAAAAAAUUA